AUGGUUGAAUACGGUGUAAACGUCACGAAUAAAUUUGGGUUCCUAUCAGAUGACGAGGUGGAUGAUCCGGAAGUGAUAUUCAGGAAGGCUGAAGCUUUGAGUAAAAAAGAAGAAAAAAGCGCGAGUCAGAAAAAAGCCGACAAAAAUGCUGCAGCAAGGAAAAAGAAGGAAAUCACUUCAGCAGCGAUGGUAACAGCUGUGGCAAGGGAAAUCGAACCGAAAAAACAACCGCAGCUACCAGUUGGUGGUGGGAUGAAGAAGAAUGAUUUCAGCAAAGAGAAUAAGGAAAAUCGUCCAGAUGGAGAGCGUGGCCGUGGAAGGGGAAGAGGUCGUGGUGGCAUUGGUCGCGGGCGAGGCUUUACACAGCAGCUGGACAAUACACGCCCGACAUUUGAUCAGAAUGGUGAGCGUGAUGUGAUGGCUGAAAGGUUUGGUGAAGGGAGGGGACGAGGACGUGGUCGUGGAAGCAGAGGACGACCAUUUUUCCGAGGUGGACGAGGUGCUGCGCGGAACUUUGAUGGAGAUCAGGACCACAAUAUGAUGGAUUUACAAUCAGAGCUGAAUGGCAACGGAAAUGUCGAUCAGUUUGGUGGUGAACGUCAAAAUUUCGCCGAUUUUGGAACUUAUCGUGGCUCAUAUCGCGGUGGACGAGGCGGAUUCCGUGGAGGUGAUCGCGAUGGUGAGCGUGAACGGCCUAUAUUCCGCGGUGGACGUGGUGGGCGCGGUGGGCGUCAGUUUGAGCGGAUGAGUGGAUCGGAUCGAACUGGUGUUAGACCGAUGGAUAGAAAGGAUGGUUACGGAAAGGGUAAUUGGGGAACUGAUCAAGAUGAAAUGAAUGGGCAAAACGAGCAAAUGAAUGAUGGUACGGAAGUUGUCAUGAAGGAAGAGGAUGCUGUACCGCGUGAGAAAACUCAGGAAGAGCUACGUUUGGAAGCUGAAGCUGAAGCACGUGCUAAACAAAUCACUCUGGACGAGUUCAAGGCACAGAUUGCCUCCAAACGUUCGGAGCCACACUUCAAUAUACGUCAAGCUGGUGAGGGUACCAAUGAUAAGGAUUUCGGAAAACUUGUCCCUUUGAAUAAACCGAUCAUGGAAGAGAAUUCUGAGGAGGAAAUCGUCGUCGUGCGUCGUGAACCACGCACCAAGCGAUUGGAUAUCGAGAUCAAUUUUACGGAUGAGCAGCGUGGUGGACGAGGUGGUCGUACAAGAGAUGGUUUUAGAGGUGGACGCGGUUCUCGUGCUGGGCGAGAGAAUCGUAAUCCAAAACAAGUCCAGACAUUCGAAGUAUCUGCUGACGCAUUCCCGGCACUCGGAAGUCAGUAA